AUGACGUCAUUUGCAAUUUCAGAUUUCGAUAUAAAGAACCAAUCCACGCAGGAUUUCCUGGAGCAGCUCUUGAACCAGGAGCUGCAGAGUCCCCCACCAUGUUUACAUGUCACAGAUGAUUACGAGUAUGCUGGCUGUCAAUCUCAGGGGCUUUACUGUGGCCCCCAGGAGAACCCCAGAUCCUUUGACUGCCCAAGCAUUGAGAUUACCUCCAUAAGUCACAACAUUCACGUGGACGCGGGCAGUAGCCUGGAGGUUUUGGCAGCUGGUGGUGCAGAAGGGGGGUACGUUGAACCACCGUGGCACAGAAAUCACCUCUACCUUCCUCUGGACGCCUGUUAUCGGGAGGCAACGCUCAGCCCAAGUCCCUGCAGCAGCUUGUCGUCCAGGAGCUGGGUGUCGGACCUCUCCUCUUGUGAGUCUUUCUCCCAUAUUAACGAUAAUGUAGACGAAGAGCUGCAUGACGCUGCCCUCCUUGAUCUGGGCUCACCAGGAUGUGGAGGUGGCACAUUUGGGGUGGAGCUGUGGCAGCAGAAGUACCAGCAUCCUUUACCUUUCAGCCCAGUGUUGUCACCGCAUCAGUCGCCCCGGCAGUCACCAAGCCACUCCCCUCGCACCAGUAUCACCGAGGAUACGUUGCUCAACCACAGGCCCACCUCCAGACCUUCCUCCAGACCAACCUCCCCCUGUGGAAAGAGAAGCCACUCCGGCGCUGACCUUCGUGCUCGCUCACCUUCUCCUCUCCACUCAGCCAGCCCCACUCCAGGCGUGUCUCCCCGGGGUAGUGUGACGGAUGACAACAGGGUGGGGAGCCCUGCCAGUACCUCUGGAGCCUACAUUUCUGGUUACCAGGAGCUUGACGUCCCUUCUAAAACCAGAAGAACAUCGGGAAGUCAUCUUGGCCUCUUGGCUGGUGACCCUGGCCCUAAAUCCUACCUGGAUUCUUGUGGAGAGGAAAAACGAGAACAGGGUGGCAUCGCUGAGCUCUUCCUUCCAGUCCCAUUCAAUUUCAGCUGGAACAAACCCAAACCUGAAAACCCACCACUGUUCAGGGAGAAGUCCAAAAAGUUUGCAGAGCAAGCGUCUGCCAUUGUCUGCCUGCGAGUUUUAGGAAUCCCAGAGGGUCGCAUCGGUGAGGCAGACUCCGGUCUGGUGUGCAAGAGGAAGAGGGAGGGAGCGCCUGCAGGCAGGAGCAAGAAGCUGCAUGUCGCCGACGUCCUGCAGGAAGUGGGAAGCUCAGAACCGGCUGUAGGGACAAACGGUGAAAAUCAAAACUACGCCACGCCUCAGAUGAAGACGCUCUGA